CGGUCCAGCCAAGGCCCAAGGGCUGAAGCCUGAAGGCACCGCGAGGAGAGGACCGCGAGUCCGCGACCAUGUUUGGCAUCUCUCCCACGAGGCCCCGCCACAACCCACAACUGAAAUCAAUUUCAGUCUAGGGCUUUUUCUCCGCCACCGUAGUACCGAACUCCACUUUGAGUUCAGAAGCGCUCUAAAUACUGGCAUAUGUAUAUAGACACAAAGAGCAAGCGUGCGCUCCUUUGUUUUCAUAAUCUCAUCAUUUCUUUGCCUUCUUUAUAUUCGUCUAAUUAGCUUCUUGAGCUAUUCGGCCAUUUUGGAUUCUGGGUUUAUGAAACAUUUUGAAUCCAUCACCUGGGGCAGUUGCAGGAAUGGUGGUUCCUGCCUUUGAACCUCUGCGGCCUCUUCUGGGCAUUACUAACCCAAGAUGAUUACGAAGUGGCCUCGUCCAUGCCGCCUCUUCUCCUGCAGCAGCAACAACAACCAAAGCUUAGCUUCACUUGUCACCAGACACCGAAGGACAUUAUCUACAUGUCCUCUCCCAGUGGACGUCCCUAUCUCGACCUCAACGACACUUUCCGACGAGCAUAAUGCACUCUGUCUGUCCUUGGUGGAGCAGCUCAUAAGGCGAGGUCUGAUAUCUGCCGCACAGGGCGUCGUUGAGCGCAUACUCAAGCAGUCGUCAUCGAUACCAGUCGUAGUUUCUACCAUCGCUUUUGCUGCAUCGAGGAGACUGGUCCUUAAUUCCCAGAGCUACCAAAUUGCUAUUUGGAAACUUGUGAGUCUGGGCCAGCCGCUUAUGGCUGAAGGGUUGUACGUAGAUGCCAUCAAAAGAAGAGGUAUUGCUUCCGACCCGUCCAUAUUAAUUUCAAUGAUCAUAUGCUACUGUAAACUAGGAAAAUUACGGGAAGCAAAUGCCCAUUUGGACCUACUUAUUCAAAUGGGAUCUUUUCCCUCUAAGGCGGCAUGCAAUAUGCUGCUUGGCGAGUUUUGUGCACGGGAAAAAAUUUUGGAAGCAUUUGAGUUUUUUAUCCAAAUGGUUUCUUCUGGAGUUUUUCCGAGCUUUCGGUUCUAUAAUUUUCUGAUCGAUGGGCUCUGUUUCAAAGGGAACCUCGAUGAAGCCCUCCAAGUGUUCAAAACAAUGACAAGGGCUGGAACUCGGCCCACAAUUCAUUUGUACAAAUCAUUAGUGUAUAACUUUUGUAAGAGAGGCCGGACAAAAGAGGCAGAAUCCCUUUGCGGAGAAAUGGAGUCCCAUGGUCUUUUCCCAGAUAGGGUGAUUUACACUUCUCUUAUCUACGGGUAUUGCAAGGAAAUGAAAAUGGAAAUGGCCAAGGCUGUGUUCAAAAGAAUGCUUGAAACAGGCUGGGAGCCUGAUUCUUAUGCUUAUAACACACUGAUGUAUGGCUAUUUUAGGUCUGAUGAUUUUGAAUCUGCUAGGAAGGUAUACAAAGAGAUGGCAGAUCACGGACUUCAACCUAAUGAGGUGAGUUGCAACAUCAUGAUUAGUAAACAUUAUCGGGAUGGGAAAGUGGAUUUUGCCCUGAAGAUUCUGAAUGAUAUGCUUAGUCUCAAAUUGCUACCUACUGUGCAUUCUUACACAGUCUUGCUCUCUGCACUCUAUAAGGAAAAUAGGUUAUUAGAGGCAGUUGAGUUGAUCAAUAAGAUGCUUAACAAUGGUGCUACUGUGGACCAUGUAGAGAACUUAUCCCUAAUUGAUAAGUAUCGAGAGGGAGAAAAGAUUUUGUAUGUAGCAGCUGAACAUGGAUGCAAUAUAGAUCCUCAUUUGUUCUCAAUAUUUGCCUCUUCUCAUCCAACUGAGGCUUUGGAGCAAGAUAUUGAACAUCUAUUUAGUAAAAUAUUGAGAAACAACACGUUUUCUGCAAAUGCAGCUUUCAAUAUUUUGACAAGUGUCUUGUGUGUAGGAGGUAAAACAGAUUUUGCUUUGCUAUUCUUGGAGAAAAUGUUCGAUUAUGGGUGUAAGCCUUUUAUUUCUACUUACAACUCUUUGAUAAAGUGCCUCUGCCAAGAGGGAUGGGUUCAGGGUACUGAGUUUGUCAUGGGUCUUAUGCAGAAUCAGGGCAUGGCUCCCAAUCUAGCUACUUAUUUGAUAAUGGUAAAUGAACACUGCAAACGUGGAGACUUGGCUUUGGCCUUUGAGGUUUUGGAGCAAAUGUAUGAAAGGGGAUUAAAACCAAGUGUUGCAAUUUAUGAUUCAAUUAUAGGUUGUUUGUGCAAAGAGAGAAGAUUGGUUGAAGCUAAGUCUCAGUUCAUUGAGAUGGUUGAAUCGGGUAUUGCACCGGAUGAAGUAGUUUUCAGAACAUUGAUUAAUGGAUAUUCCAAGAAUGGAAGAGCCAUUGAUGCUUGUCGUUUGUUUGAGGAGAUGAAAAAUUUUGGCCUUCGGCCAAGUUCUCACACCUAUACUGCACUUAUAAAUGGCUUAAUUAAGAAAAAUAUGACUGAGAAGGGAUGCCUACAUCUUGGUAGAAUGCUGAAUGAUGGGAUUGAGCCAGAUACUGUGCUUUACACCACUCUAAUCAAUCAGUUUUGCAGAAAGGGAGAGUUUGGCUUUGCUGAUGCUUUAUUUGAUCUCAUGACUGUGAACAAUAUUAAACAUGAUCUGGUCACAUACAUUUCAUUAUUCAGUGGUGUUUGCAGAAGUACCUCACAUGGCAGAAGAUACUUUGUUUUAAAUGAAAAGUCAGAAAAAGCAAGGGACAGACUUUUCAAUAUGCUCUAUCACAAAACUUCAGGUCCAAGUCAUACUUCAUUUCCAAGGGAAAAUAUUCGAAGAAAUUAUUACAAUUCGGCUGAAGGAAUUAAAAGAUAUGCAUCGAUGAUUAUGGAAAAGAUCAAUAAAGCUGGGCUAAUGCCGAACUUGUUUCUCCAUAACUGCAUUAUCACUAAAUUCUGCAGGGAGGGUAGGGUGCAUGAUGCUUAUAUUUAUUUGGAAACACAUGAUGUUAGACCAAAUCAGGUGACUUACACGAUUCUCAUUGAUGGGCAUAUCAGAUGUGGUGAAAUCAAUUAUGCAAUAGAGCUAUUUAACAAGAUGUGUGGAGCUGGUUGUACUCCAGACAAGGUUACAUAUAAUACACUAAUUAUAGGUCUUUGUAAUGCGGGAAGAUUGUAUGAUGCCUUAUCACUCUCGCAUACAAUGCACAAGAGGGGCUUUUUCCCAAGUAAAGCUUCAUAUGAGAAAUUACUCAAUUGUCUUUGCGCUAGCCGUUUAAGUGAUCUUGCCAUCAAGCUAUUUGAAGAAAUGCUCCUCCAUGGCUUUGUACCUUGCAGUUAUAACUAUAAUUGGUUGCUUUGCAUUCUAUGCAAAGAAAGAAAGCUACCUGAGGCUCACAUUCUGUUAAGUAUGAUGCUCAAGAGAGGAAAGCUUAUGGAUGAAGUGACAAGGAGACAUUUGGUGGAUGCAUCUUGAGCACAGAUAGUUUUACUUGGCUUUUUAUGCUACAGAAAAUUUCUUUGUUCAAGAAGGCAGGUGCUAAUUUAUCACAAACAGUAUAAAGCUUCCUGAAGGACUAAUCUUGCUGGGUCGCCUCUAAGUUGACCAUGUGACUGCAAACACCAUGUUUUGGAAGAUGAAGAUUGGUGAUUAGUGGUGAAUGAUGGGCCAAUGCUCUAUCUGCAAGAAGCGUCACUUCGCUGGACAAACAGGUAUUUUAACAGGAUUUUAUCUUGGCAUUCUUUCUUCCUAAUGUCUUAUUAUCUUUACUUAUUUUGUAUGUUUCCUUGAUUGAGAUGAUUUUAUUAGGUCUUUUUCCCUCUUUGAAGAUCUUUUGUUGUAUUUUAUGUUGGCUAUGCAUAUAUGAUUUUGCACUUCGAGCAGCUAUUUAAAGAAUCUGGACUAUUUCUUGUUCUUUAUUUUGGUAUGACCUUAGAAUUAGCAAUUCAACUUGAUGCUUUUUUAUGAAAACUGGAUAGGUAAAAAAACAGAUAUUCUUGGUCAACACCGUCCCCUUGUUUUGCCAAACCAUCUACUAGCCCAUUAGCUGAUCUUGUUACCAACUAAGUGCAGCUUUCAGUCCCACUAUCAUCUUCUUAUGACUUGAAGGAUUGCCAAACAAUUCUGCCUCGGUUGAAUCUCCAUUCCUAAUAGGUAUUGAGUGCAUUGUAAUAAUGUUUCGUUCCUCAUUUUUGAAUACUCCUCUAAUACCUUGCCUACCAAACCUGGAUUUCCUAGUCUACAACCAUCAAAGUUUAAUUUUAUGUAGCCUGGUCUAGGAGAAAUCCAUUUAACGAUGAGGAUUGCUUUAGAUGAAGGCGAAUUUGCCACCUGUUUCCAAUUUUUGAUGAUAUCAUCUGUUGUGAAAGGCGAAAAAAAUAUCCAAAUUCUUCACCCAAUGAGAAACUUUGAUGAAAUAUUUUCUAUAAUUUCCUCAACAGACCUCUCUUUGUUACUGAAAAUAUGGGUAUUCUUUUCUUCCCAUCCACAUCAUAACACAGCAGCUUUCAUGCAUCUUCAUAUAAUCUUGCCUUGCUUCUUUGGUGGAGAGAAGUGAGAAACAUAAGCAAAGAACAUUGUCCUUAAGUUCUCAGGCAAAGACCAGCUGCCACCAAAUUGUGAGAGAAAGAAAUUCCAAAUAGCAGUCACAAAUUGGCAGGAGAUUAGCAAGUAAAAUGUGCUUUCCCAUUUGUUUUGUAGAGGAUACAAGCAUGUGGUGAGAGACACCAAAAUAGUGUUUUCCUCUGUUAGUUCUCACAGGUAUUAAUUUUGCCAAGAUAUACCUGAUACCUCCCAACAGAAUGCCCUCAUUUUGGAUGGUACAGGACCUCCCCAGAUAGCUCCCACAUGGAAAGAUGGGAUAAUAUUAGGUUCAACAAGGGUUUUGAAGAAUGAGGCACAGGAGGAGCCAGAGGUGGUUAGAAUCUAAAUCCUUGUAUUAGAUUUCCUAGGAUUGAUGAACCCCCUCCUAAGUAAUUCAAGGAUGUAAUAUCUGAGGUUUAACGAUCCCUUACACUCUGUCUUAAAUCUAAAUCCCAGUUAAUCCCAUUAGAAGAAACUGAGAAGUAAUUUCUAAACCAGGCAGUCCUUGUUACAAGAUAAGGCCUAUAUUCUAGGGAAUAGCAAAUGCAGGAGCUGAAGAAUCAAAUUUGGAAUUUUCUUAAAUUUUCUGUAUUUUUUGUAUAUUUGGACAGUAUGGGUAUUUUCGUCAUUUUAACUAGUUCUGUGUGGACCUGGGCUAUAAAAUCUUGUUAUUCCAGUUUAGUAGGGCUUGUCUUUCAAUUUUCAGUUUAUUUGCAUUAGUAGAUAGAAAGUUAUUGUGUUUCUUGAUGCACAAGACAAGGAGUGGCAUUUUUGUAAUUAUGUGAACAGUAUUCCGAGCCAUACAACUCCUGUAUGGAGUGGUUCCCACAAACCCUAGAGUGAUUCUAGGACACCUUGGAGUCAUUCU